AAACGAAUUGAAACAGAGUUAAAAAUAUGUUAUUACACAGAAGAUGAGAGGCUGUGUAUAAGCUAUGUAGACCAAGUUUUAGCUACGUCAGGCCGUUCCUUCAUUCCCUUUUGUUUUUGUGUAUCUUCUCAACUAACAUGUUUAGCCCUAUAAGCUUUGGUUAUUUGCUUUCUGCUGUAUAACAGUCGAAUUGAAGUUUUCAACGCUAAAUAAAAAGGAAGAUAAUCAAACAGUAAUCGAAUGAGAUGUAGAAACUGCUUGCGUGACCACAAGCAUUCUGGCAGUCGAUUCGAGCAUCGAUCAUCUUCUUUUUUGUGUAGUUUGGACGUUAUGUUUGGACUUAUGCCGUUGGAACAAAAAACCGCUGGUUAAAUCUAUACGUCGUAGCUAGGGAGUCUGACUAUUUCUCAAUUCGAUUAGCAAAUCAAUUUGAAUCGGAUGUUUUCUGAGCCGGUCAACUCGAUCAGCAACUAUGACCUGACAGCGGACCAAACUACUCAUCUCACGACUGGGCUAGACAGCUUCGAAGAUGUGUUGAAAAUUGUCUUAGGUAUAGGAAAAUUGGUGCAAAAAAGAAUCGGGUGUCAAAGAACUUAAUGAAUAUUAAGGAUAUCAUACGAUGCGAAUUCCCACCAUGAAAUUUCUUUGCAAAACUCCUAAGCAACCCAACGCAGAGUAAUGUCACUCACUGCUAGUAAACUGUCAUCCAGUAGUGCUGGGAUGAAAGUCAAUUGGUUAAGUAUUGUGUGACGCAACAAGCACAAACAUAGCACGCUAUAUGAAUGUAAGGUGUAGAACAAAAAAUCAUGCAAUCAAAGCUUCGUGUUUCAUCGUGUGGUUCAAUAAGAAGAGACCAUCGCUGCAGUGGGAUAUGGUUGAUUAGGUAUGCCUUGAACAAGGGUCUGGGGUGAUUUGAUUCUGUUUUGAUGGACUGCGUCCAAGUAUAGAUAACAGUUCUCUUAGGUAUGCUAGAUUCUCCUUUGCAUCAGUAGUGGUUAAUAUUUUUGCACAGAGUUCAAAUGGGAUUUCAUAACUAUGUGUCAUGUCUAGCAUGACACAUAGAUGUCAUCUAUACUUGGGGACUGCGUUUGCCUUUUGAACUACUAGUUUGAGCGAGUAUUGUUUGACGUUAACCUUAACUUAACCAUCCUGAAAUUGCAAAACUCUGACUUUCAAUGUCCGCGAGAAAUAUCUCAAAAAGCACAUCAGUCAAAAUGGUGGAGACAGGUAAUUCGAACAAGCCAACGCUUCAUCUCACAAUUCAAAAUUGAAAUCAAUUUCAAUACAUACAACACAAUCAAAAUGAAUCCAUCAAUGCCUAAAAGUUCCUAACGAAAUUGUGGAUGAGCUACCCACUAAUCUAAACUUAAAAUCAUUUGGAAAUGUUUUGAGGACCAUUACUGCCGUGAAUUGCAUAUCAGUCCCAUCUUUGCUGAAUUUCCUAUGCAAAUGGGACAAAUAUGCGAUUCACGACAGAUUAGUAACUGCAAAUUAAUUAACCCGAAAUCACAAGAACCUCUAGAUAGUAAUCAUGGACAGUUUGAGAUUGAGCUUGAUUAACAUACACUCACACAAGGAAUCAAUGAGAUAUCUACCGGAGACUAAAGCAGGCAUCUUUAGUGAGUGUUGGUGAUCUUCUAUUUUUAGGCGACAAUGGCGCCUGCCUCAUCAGGUUACAGGUCAAUGUGAGGAAGGUGAAGGAAGUGAUGAUUGCAAUCGUUUGUAUCCACAUCAGACCAAAUAUACCUCUGCAUCUGCACAUAUUCAUGCGGAUGUCGGAGUGUUGAUGGGAUAUGGUUGGCAAUGGGUUCACACAUUGUUGCGUGAAUGCCAGGCGUAAGUUGAUAGAUUACCCGAGCAAAGUCCAACAGCAAAAUUACAGCAGAUCGAAAACAUGUUUUGUAUUCAGCAACAAAUUGAUAUCACAUUUUGAUAUCAGUUUAUCUUUACUUAAUUUGAUUUCAAAUUGUGUUUUCAGUUUGCUUUCAUUUUCAAUUAAUGCAAAUGUUUAGUAUUAGAAUAGUUUGAACUCUUUUAAGUAAACUAUGUAAAGUAAUUCUAGGGAUACAUCAUUAGUGCAAUUAUACUUUUGUAUUUAUGAUUUGAUAUCAACUGAAAAACUCUACAUUUAACGAUUUUUCAUUUUUCUUGUGCUGGUAACAAAAACAGUUAUCAAUUUGCUAUGCUGUGUUAAUGCUGUGUUAUUGAUGUUUAUUUCAUCCGACUGAUGUGUCUUAAUGAAUAGAUCCUUACAACUAGUUUAACACUGUAGUAGGCUAUGCAUUAGGUAUCAUUCUGAAUAAACGUCACUUGUAUACUGUACACUGAAAUAGUAAGAAGUGUUUUUACUAAACACUACAAACACAAAACGUGAAAGUCUACUCUUAAAAUUAUUUGUCGUUACAUUAAAGUCAUACAAGUGCACCACAUGGUUAAAACAUUCCAUCAUUGCUCGAAUUGGUUCUUGAGAAGUAUAAUCCUGCCGUCUAAAAGGCAGCCUGAAGAAUUCGGGUCGGCGAGUAGCAUAGCCAGGAACAUUAAUGUUAACUAGCACCAGCAAGUUUGGCGCAUCAAUUUCAGCAGCAAGUAGUUUAGCUAUAAAGAUAGCCUUGGCUCGUUUUCUUCUUUGCGUCAACGUAUCCAGCCCAAUUAGUUGACAUCGACUCUCAUACGGUGGCAGAUUCUGCGGAUUAUUCCACGGCAAGUUACGGUGCAAAUCUCACAAAUCUCUUCUGAACAGACUCAAUUCGAGAGGCCACAGUGCUGUGAUAGGGAUCCCAUACUAUCGACGCGGUUUCUAGAAGAGGCCGAACGAGACUUACGUACAGAGAUUUGAGCGUGUACGGAUCUCUGAACUCCUUACUCAGUUUGCUGACAAACCCAAGUUGACGGCGAGCCUUAUCGAUGAUCUCUUCGUGGUGAUUUCUGAACGAGAGAGCUGAGUCGAGAGUUACACCUAAGUCUUGGAUCGUUUCAGUUCUUUGUACCAGUUCGCCUCCAAUCGUGUACUCGAAAAAUAAUGGAUUCAUUUUAUGGUGGUAGCUUAUGACGAAGCAUUUGGGGAUGCUGAGUUCCAUCUUAUUUGCUUGGCACCAAGUUGCAAACAUCUCAAGCAAAGUUUGGAGUCUGCGACAAUCUUCAACACCGUUGAUAACAAUGUACAGCUUAAAAUCGUCAGCGUAACCCAGACAAAAGCAUUCCCCAAUAUGUAACAAGGCAUCGUUUAUGAACAACGAGAACAAUAGUGGGCCUAAAUUGCUGCCUUGCGGUACACCGGAAGGGUUUUCGAAUCAGCGUGAAACAGACGAUCCGAUUUUCACGGCUAAUUUUCUUCCACAGAGGUACGAUCGGAGCCAUGCAACAAAGCUGGACGAGCAUCCCAGUUUAUCAUUGUAUCAUUGAUAGCAGGAAUUGUUUUCAAUUUGCUGUUACAGGAACAUUUUUCUGCUCUCAUUUUUGAUGUUUUAACAACCGUUAAAACGACCAAAACGACAACAACCUGAGUUAUCAAGAUUUGCAAUAUCACAACAUCAAAAUAAGUUUUCAAUUUGCUAUCAGACUUUGCUCGGGUAGUGUAUAUAACUUUGGAGAUAUUGCGGCACAGUUUUGCUUAAUUGCAUAACUAGGCGUUUGACACUGUGUUAGAAAAAUUGAAAGGAAGGGCAACGGAUUUUUCUGUUCUAGCGAUGGAUAUGCACACGUGAAUAUACAUGAUUUGUAUAAGUAGAGAAGAGGGAGAAAGUACACACUUAGAAAAAAAUUACCGACUUCGGCAAUGUUUUACCGAAACCUCAACGGUUAUGUUUAUCUUACAUGAAAAAUUCGGUAAAUCUUUCAACUUUUACCUAACUUCGUUAGAGUUUAACAGAUAAACGACAUGAGUACCGUUAUCACUGUAGCGUAACGCUUUACUUUAUAAAUUUAUAGCGUUCGCAAGAAGGCACAAUCCCUUUCGUUAUACGGGCAAUGGCCGAUCGAUUAAUUAUAUGUUAGAAAGGAUUCUGAAAUAAACCCAGCAGCAGAACAUUCUGUGAUCUGGUAACAGCAGCACGUAUUCGUUCGUUUCAACUACGUCUAAAACCCCAAGAAAGAAACUUCUUUAAAAAGUAGUUUUAAGAAAUAGUGAAGAGGUCUUAAAAACUAAAGUGAAUACAUUACAGCUGGCGACGAGGAAAAAGAAGUGACAGUGUUUCUCAUACGGAAUAUUCCGUGUAGCAAAGAAAUUCCAGAGUGAGCUGAGUAAGUAAACGGCAGAGUUUUUGUGGAGAGUGGUAAGCUCUAGAAAACUUGUGCUUGACAGUGUGUUUGUGACUAUUUUGAAGAGGUCAAAACGCCUUGAUCAAAUUAGAGCAGCUGUUGAAUAAAUGAAAAAACGCGCAAACGUCGUGUUUGGUGUAUAAAUGCAUAUGUAAUAGCAUAUUUGAAUUGUGAUAUCAAAAGUUCCAUUUUGUACAUCAUUUUCACCAUUUUAUUCUUUCCAUUAUUCACAGAACUCCCUUCUCGCUCCCACCGAUUUGGCCAUUUUGGUUUUACCAUCGACCAUAGUGUUCGAGUUUGCAUUCUAUCAGAGAGUCGGCGUGCCACCCAGCCACCCAUUAUACCGACCCACUCAACCACGACGGGCGGGAAUCCAUCAUCUGGAGGUGAUCAGUAGUGAGCUAGUGAGAGAUCGUGUGGUAGAGCAAUUCGCGAGAGUGAGUUUCUGUUGAGCUCGGGGAGAGUUUGUAGAACUGGUGAGUGAGAGAUUCCGCGAUUGCGAGUAGUGAGAAAGGCUGAGCUGGCUGUGUCUCACUUGAGUCUCGCUUGAAAAAGUAAACAGUGCAAUCAACUGCAGCUGGUAGAGUUGCAUCUGCGGUGAGGAAAAAGUGCAUCAAGUAAGUGAUUUUAAUUUGGUUUUCUGCUGGUUGUUACUAGUACACCGUGCCCUCCUUUGGAACGUUAGACCAUUACGUGAAAGGCACGUCCUUCACGAAUUAUUUGGAGCGUUUGGAACACCUUAGCUCCUUUAAUAAUUGGACGGAGGAAAACAAGAAAUCGGUGCUGAUUGCUCUUACCGGCCCGGUUGUUUAUGAUGAACUUAAACUGAUGUUUCCAACCGUUGAAUUGGGAACGUUAAAUUAUGCGGACAUGGUGAAAAAGUUAAAGGAAAGGUUCGACAAGGUAGAUCCCGAUAUGAUGCAGCGAUUUUAUUUCUAUAAUCGAUUCCAAAAACCGGACGAAUUUGCUGAAAGCUUCAUUUUGUCAGUGAAGUUGCAGGCAGAGUUAUGCAAUUUUCAGCAGUUUAAGGAAACUGCAAUUAGGGAUCGAUUGAUAAUGGGGCUGCAUGAUCGGGAGUUGCAAAAGUCUUUACUAAUGUCGGAGACACUGACACUAGAUGCAAUUGAGAAGAAAUUGCUUAGCAGUGAGGUAGCCAACAGACAGACCAAAGCAAUGAACAGUGAGCCAAGAAGGGACGAAGUGCAUUCAGUGAAGAGCAGACUAGGUAAAAAAGUUGGUGAAAGUAGCCGGGAUUAUGGGCGUGAUAGAUCGGACAGGCAAUACAGGGGCCGUAUUGUAAAUAGGAAUGAAAAGCGAGUUAGUUUCCGUGGUAGAUCUCCGUCUGAGUCCAAAAAUCGCAAUGCAUACGCUAAUGCAAUUUGUAAUUAUUGCAAAAAGCGAGGACAUUUGAGAAGGGACUGCUAUAGUUUGCAAAAUCGAAACUCGGUGUAUCACGUAGAGAAGGUUGAAAAGGACACUAGCUAUGAUUUUAAACGGUCAGGCGGGCAUGAUAGUUCAGGUGAAGAAACAGAUGGAAUGGAGUGUUUGAUGAUUUCCACCGUUAACAAAAUUAAUGAACCGUGCAUGAUUAAAGCAAAAGUGCAAAACUGUAUGCUGAAGAUGGAAAUUGAUUCGGGGUCAGCUGUUUCUGUGAUCAGUGAGGCCGACUGUAGGAAAUUUUUCAACGCUAUUCCAAUACGCAGCUCUAGCAGACAGCUGAUUGUUGUUGAUGGAGCACGCUUGAGGAUUACAGGAGAAAUUUCUAUACAGGUUGAAUUGAACGGGUCAAUAGCAAAGCAAAAGCUUGUAGUUUUGCAGUGUAGCAACAGUUUUGUUCCUUUGAUUGGAAGAUCAUGGCUUGAUUGUUUCUUCCCUGGAUGGAGAUCGGGUUUCACGAGCACAGCGAUGGUGAAUAGUCUGAACGAGAAGAAAGAUUUUUCAGAACCUAUCGUAGGCUAUGAGGGGGAACUGAUCCUGAAGCAUGAACAACCGAUUUUCAAGAAGGCGUAUACGGUACCCUACAAGUUAAGAAACAAACUGGCGGAGCAUUUGGAGAUGCUGGAGCAACAGAAGGUAAUCACACCUAUAAAGGCUAGUGAGUGGGCAUCGCCUGUGAUAGUGGUAGUUAAAAAAGACCAAGAUAUACGCUUGGUAAUAGACUGCAAAGUUUCAAUCAAUAAAGCGAUAGUACCAAAUACAUACCCACUACCACUAGCACAGGACAUAUUUGCUUCUCUAGCAGGCUGUAGGGUAUUCUGUUGUCUAGAUUUGGCAGGGGCCUAUACGCAAGUUCCUCUCUUCAGGCGGUCCAAAAAGUUCACUGUCAUCAACACUAUGAAAGGCUUAUUUACCUAUAAUAGACUUCCACAAGGGGCUUCAAGUUCAGCGGCAAUUUUCCAACAAAUUAUGGACCAGGUCCUGCAUGGACUAGAGGGAGUUAGUGUCUACUUGGAUGAUGUCCUUAUUGCGGCCGAAAAAUUUGAAAAGUGUGCAAAAAUUUUGGAUUUGGUUCUUGAACGACUAUCUAAAGCAAACAUCAAAGUAAACUUUAAGAAAUGCAAGUUUUUUGUGACGCAAUGGGGAACAUUCGGUGUAGUACUAGAUUUGUAGUAAUGAGCUGAAUUUUUGUAUGGUGAGAAGGUCAAUGCUCCGUUUCUGUAAAGAAAUGGUGCAAAAAGCGUGGGUAUUAUGAUUCCUUGCCUAAUUUGAUGCUGUUUGAGCAAAACUUUGGAUAACUAUGUUGUUUACGUUGCAAGAAAUGGAGAAAACAACAACACUGUUGUCCAAAGUUUUGCUCAAACAGCAUCAAAUUAGGCAAGGAAUCAUAAUACCCACGCUUUUUGCGCCAUUUCAUUGCAGAAACGGAGAAUUGACCAUCUCACCAUACUAAAAUUCAGCUCAUUACUACAAAUCUAGUACUUCACCGAUCUGUCCUAUUGCCAUAUCUAGGACAUCUUAUUACUGACAAGGGACUUUCGCCAUCUCCUGAAAAAGUGUCAACAAUUAGUCAAGCAAAGCCUCCGACUAACGUACCAGAACUUAGAGCAUUUCUUGGUUGGAUUAUUUUCUACAAUAAAUUCGUUCCACACUUGUCUUCCAAGCUAAGGAGUUUGUACGCUCUGCUGGCUAAUAACACUACCUUUGAUUGGACAGAGGAUUGUGAGGAAGCGUUUCAGUCCAGUAAGAAAGCCUUGUUGAAAGCAGAUUUGCUGGAGUUCUAUGACCCUAAGAAACCGCUAAUUGUUGUCUCAGAUGCUAGUUCAUACGGAUUGGGUGGUGUUCUAGCCCAUGAAGUCGACGGAUUAGAAAGACCCAUAUGCUUCACAUCGUUUUCGCUGAAUUCUGCACAGAAACGAUACCCUAUCCUUCAUUUAGAAGCGUUGGCGUUGGUUUGUACCGUGAAGAAAUUUCAUAAAUUUCUUUUUGGGCAAAAGUUUAAGGUUUACACCGACCACAAGCCUUUGGUUGGCAUAUUCGGCAAAUCCGGUAACAAUUCGUUAUUUGUAACUAGACUCCAGAGAUAUACCAUGGAAUUAUCCAUUUAUGACUUUGAAAUUGCAUAUAGAGCAUCAACAAACAUGGGAAACGCAGAUUUUUGCUCCCGAUUCCCGCUGGAGCAACCUAUUCCUAAAUGCCUCGACAUAGGUAGCAUUAAUAGCUUGAACUUCUCGGAUGCUUUACCUUUGGAUUAUAAUUUGAUUGCCAGAGAAACUGAA